CUGGGAGAGCGUUGAGUGAGUCGCCACAUCUGUCAGAGGCUGGCACCUGGACUUCAGCGGCAUGUCCGCUUCACAUUUCACCUUCAGAAUGGGGCUUCCAGCGAUGUGAGGGAGACAGAGCAGAGCCUGGAAAAAUGUCGGAAGUACGGAAAUUUACUAAGAGGCUGAGCAAACCGGGGACGGCGGCGGAGCUGAGGCAGAGCGUGUCGGAGGCGGUGCGCUCUUCUGUGAUUGUGGAACAAACCAAGAUCAUUGAGCCGCUGGACUAUGAAAAUGUGGUAUUCCAAAGGAAAGCCCAGAUCCACAGUGACCCUCAGAGAGACCUGCUGCUUUGGCCUGCUGAUGACGUCUCAGUGUCUCAAAUUGAACGUCAGAGAAGAACAACCAUCUCUUCAGUUCCUCAGAAUGCUGAAAACGAAGCCAAGAGUCUGUUUGCCAAGGAGUGCAUCAAGAUGUACAACACAGACUGGAACGUGAUUAACUAUAAUUAUGAGGCCUACUCGGGAUGUUUCCGCAUGCUGCCCUGCAAAGGAUCCAAAGCUGAGAAACUACCAUCUCAUGUGUUUGAGGUUGAUGAGGGAGAGGAGGAUUCUUCAUCACUGUGCUCUCAGAAGGGAGGUGUGAUGAAACAGGGAUGGCUGCAGAAAGCCAAUAUCAACAGUAGCCUUUCUGUGUCAAUGAAGGUGUUCAAGCGGAGAUAUUUCUACUUGUCUCAGCUUCCUGAUGGUUCCUACAUUCUCAACUCCUACAAGGAUGAGAAGAACUGUAAAGACACCAAAGGUUCCAUUUAUUUGGACUCCUGCAUCGAUGUGGUUCAGUGUCCCAAGAUGCGUCGGAACGGCUUUGAGCUGAAGAUGCAGGAGCGCUAUAGCCAUUAUCUAGCUGCAGACAGUGAGGCGGAGAUGGAGGAUUGGGUAAACACACUGAAAGUUGCUCUACAAAGUGCCUCAGAGGAGAGGAGGAACGGAGUGGACUCCUCAGACUGUGCUUUAGAUGAAGACACCGUUAGCCAAGGCAAACCGGAGAGCGUUGUUGAGAAUUUUGGACGGAGUCUUCAUCCAGAGCUUAUGAAGUAUGCCAGAGAAACAGACCAGCUCAAUAAAAUCAACCGGAAUGAAUGUCGGCAGAAGAUCCUUUCCCUGGAUCCUGAGACUCAGAGACUGGACUUCUCAGGAAUAGAGCCAGAUGUGAAACCGUUUGAGGAACGCUUCGGACGCCGUAUCAUGGUCAGCUGCCAUGACCUGACCUUCAGCCUGCAGGGCAGCGUUAGUGAGAAAAACGAUGGAAUCCUGACUAAUCUGGAGCCGUUCUUCAUCACUCUGGCUUUAUUUGAUGUGACCAAAGGUUGUAAGAUCUCAGGAGAUUUCCAUGUGGAUCUAAACCCACCCUGUGUACGAGAGAUGCUCUGCGAGGGCUCCUCUCAGACCCCCACUGAGACAGAGGGAGGAGAAGCAGGGGAUUUAAGCAAAAUUAAUGGAUUACCUGUCAUCCAGAGGAUCUCAGAGUCUCUGCUACGCUUUCCAUCACAGGGUGUGUUCUCUGUGACCAACCCCCACACAGACAUAUUCCUGGUGGCCCGAGUGGAGAAGGUUCUGCAGAAUGGCAUCACUCACUGCGCUGAGCCCUACGUUAAAACAUCAGACAUGAGUAAGACAGUCCAGAAGGUACUGAAGACAGCCAAGCAGACAUGUCAGAGACUUGGCCAAUACAGGAUGCCCUUUGCUUGGGCUGCAAAGCAGGUGUUUAAAGAUGCUCAAGGAAGCUUGGACAUGGAUGGAAAAUUUUCCCCACUGUAUCGACAGGACAGCAAUAAAAUCUCUACAGAAGACCUCAUCAAAUUUCUGCUCGAUAUCAGGAAACCAGAAAAAAGCAAGAUGCAGAUAAUUCCAGGGCAACUGAAUGUCAGCGUUGAAUGUGUGCCUCCAGACUUGUCAAAUUCAGUCAACUCUUCUUACAUCCCAGUGAAGCCAUUUGAUGAGCAGUGUGAGAAAGUCUCUGUGGAGGUGGAGGAGUUUGUCCCAGAAGAAGCCAAGUACAAUCACCCUUUCACCAUCUAUAAGAACCACCUCUACAUCUACCCCCUGCAGCUCAAAUAUGAGAACCAGAAGACAUUUGCUAAGGCAAGGAACAUUGCUGUUUGUGUGCAGUUUAAAGAUUCAGAUGAUGAGGGAGCUGGCCCAGUGAAGUGUAUAUUUGGCAAGCCUGGAGGACCACUUUUCACCACUAGUGCUUUUGCUGCUGUGUUGCAUCAUAACCAAAGCCCUGAAUUUUAUGAUGAGAUUAAGAUCGAGUUGCCAGUCCAUGUUCAUGAGAAGCACCACAUUCUUUUCACCUUCUUUCACAUCAGCUGUGAGCUCAGCAACAAAGCCAGCUCCAAAAAGAGAGAGGGAGUAGAGACCUUGGUGGGAUAUGCUUGGAUGCCAUUGCUGAAGGAUGGAAAGUUACAGGCUUCAGAUCUACAACUUCCUGUAUCUGCUAAUCUGCCUGCUGGUUACCUCUAUGACAAGAAUCAAGACUCAAAAAGGUCAUCACCAGACAUCAAGUGGGUAGACAAUGCCAAGCCGCUGUUCAAAGUAAAGACCUAUGCAGCAUCAACAAUCUACUCUCAGGAUUUGCACCUUCACAAGUUCUUCCAGUACUGCCAGCUAAUGAGGUCGACCUCAGAGGGAAACCCAGCAGAGCUCAUCAAAUACCUAAAGUGCCUGCAUGCUGUGGAGACUCAGGUCAUCAUUAAGUUCUUGCCCACAGUACUGGUGCAGCUUUUCCAAGUUCUCACCACUCCAAGCAAAGAACCUCAAGAGAUCGGCGUCAACUGUACACGUGUAAUCAUUCACAUUGUUUCCUUGUGUCACGAGGAGGAACUGGAGCAUUACCUGCGCUCUUUUCUGAAGUAUGUGUUCCUCACAAACAACCCAGCUUCAGGAAACUCCACAGUGACCACACAUGAAGUUCUAGCCACGACUGUGACGGCUGUUCUCAAGCAGACUGCAGACUUCAACACCUGUAACAAGUUACUGAAGUACUCCUGGUUCUUCUUUGAAGCAAUGGCCAAGUCAAUGGCACAGUUCCUUCAAGAAGGCAAUAGAAUGAAGAUGCCUCGAGCACAGAGGUUUCCAGAUUCCUUCCACCAGGCGCUGCAGUGUCUACUGCUCUCCAUUAUGCCUCACAUCACCAUACGCUACGUAGAGAUCCCAGAGGAGGCUCGCUGUGUCAACAUCAGUUUAGCCAACUUCAUUAAGCGCUGCCUGACCUUUAUGAACAGAGGAUUUGCUUUCAGUCUCGUGAACGACUACAUGUGUGGCUUCAGCCAGAAAGACCCCAAGGUUUUGACAGAAAUGAAGUUCUACUUCCUCAUGACAGUGUGCAAUCAUGAGCACUACAUUCCUCUCAACCUGCCCAUGGCCUUCGGACGAACUAAGCUGCAGAGAGUACAGGAUUUUAUUUCGUACGCGGCGGAGUGUUUUGGCGUCAUAGACCAGAGUUUGGAGUACAGCCUUACAGAGGACUACUGCAGGAACCAUUUUCUGGUUGGUCUGCUUCUGCGGGAAGUGGCAGAUGGCCUGCAGGGCAGCCCGGAGAUCAGGCAACUGGCUGUGGCUGUUUUGAAGAACCUGAUAAUUAAGCAUGCCAUGGAUGACAGAUACACAGCCUAUAAGAAUCAGCAGGCCCGUAUCUGUGUGCUUUACCUCCCACUGUUCGAGUUGCUGUACCAGAACCUGAAUAAACUGACUGCCCAGAAACAGCCUUCAAGGUCUGGCUUUGGCCUCAUGUGCAGAGAUGACCUGUCCAUGACCGGCUCCAUAGACACUCGCCGAGCCAGUACAGCCAUUGACAAGGAACCAACUGGUGUCAUCACCCAAAACGGACAUGCAAGGAGAGAUGACUCAAGAAGCUCAAUGUAUGGCGACCCUGGUACACCAGAUAUUAACGAGUUACACCGGCGUGGCUCCACAAUGAGCACCCUCUCGUCAGUAGGUCGACUCGGACAUUACGAAGUAAAAGGACUGCUGCUGUGUUUCCUGCACAUUAUCAAAACAGUGUCAGAGGAUACUCUGCUUGCUUACUGGAACAAAGUGAAUCCACAAGACAUCAUGAAUUUCCUCAGUCUCUUAGAGAUUUCUCUGGUUCAGUUUCGUUAUGUUGGCAGGAGGUCAAUCAGUAGGUGUCAGGAUUCCUGGGUAUCCAAGGUCUUUACCUCCAACAGAAAGUCCCAGACCAUGCCGGUGAUGCGUGGCCGGUCCAGCCUCCUGCAGGCCAGCAUACAGCAGUUCGGCACCAUGGAGGCGUCUCAUUCAGUCAAUAUUGGUGUGGGUCUCACAGAACCUGAGAUUAAUCACCAGGCCUGCUUAGAGGGUAGCAUCUCUACAGAGGCUUGCCUUAUUGUGCUGGACACACUUUCUCUCUUCACUCAGAGCUUUAAGAACCAGCUGCUGGACAGUGACGGUCACAACACUCUGAUGAAGAAAGUGUUUGACAUUUACCUCACCUUCCUAAGAAUGGGGCAGUCUGAGACAGCAAUCAGACAUGUCUUUGCCUCGCUGAGAGCCUUCAUUACCAAGUUUCAGGUGACUCUCUUCAAAGGCCGCGUGACCUUGUGCGGCUCGCUGUGUUACGAGGUUCUGAAGUGCUGCAUGUCUAAACUGGGAGUCCUGCGCGGAGAAGCAGCCGGCCUGCUCUACCUCCUCAUGAGGAACAACUUUGAGUACACGAAGAGGAAGACCUUUUUGCGUAUGCACCUACAGAUCAUCAUUGCAGUGAGUCAGCUGAUUGCAGACGUGGCUCUAACGGGCAGCUCACGCUUUCAGGAGUCGCUGUCCAUCAUCAACAACUUCGCCAACAGUGACAAAGCCAUGAAGACCACACCAUUUCCAGGAGAAGUGAAGGGCCUCACUAAGCGCAUCCGGACAGUGCUGAUGGCUACUGCUCAGAUGCGUGAGCAUGAGAAAGACCCUGAGAUGUUGCUAGAUCUUCAGUACAGUCUGGCCCGCUCUUACGCCAGCACUCCUGAGCUCAGGCGGACGUGGCUGGACAGCAUGGCACGAGCUCACCUCAAGAACGGGGAUUUCUCAGAGGCAGCUAUGUGUUAUGUUCAUGUUGCAGCACUGGUGGCAGAGUAUUUGCACAGAAAAAAACUGUUCUCAACUGGACUAGCAGCAUUCAAGAAGAUUACCUUCAACAUAGAUGAAGAGGCUGCCAUGAAGGAAGACUCAGGCAUGCAAGAUGUAUAUUAUACUGAGGAUGUUCUGGUAGAGCAGUUGGAAGUGUGUGUGGAAGGCCUAUGGAAAGCGGAGAGGUUUGAGCUCAUCACACACAUAGCCAGACUCAUCAUUCCAGUCUAUGAAAAGCGGCAUGAGUUUGAGAAGCUGAGGCGGCUGUAUGACACUCUUCAGAGAGCCUACUCCAAGAUCUUAGAAGUGAUGCAGACUGGCCGGCGGCUGCUGGGGACCUACUUCAGGGUGGCAUUCUAUGGGCAGGGCUUUUUUGAAGAGGAGGAUGGAAAAGAAUACAUCUACAAAGAGCCAAAACUCACAGGCCUGUCGGAAAUUUCUCAUCGGCUGCUCACCCUGUACGGGGAGAAGUUUGGAGCAGAGAAUGUCAAAAUCAUUCAAGACUCCAACAAGGUGAACCAGAAAGAUCUGGACCCAAAGUUCGCCUACAUACAGGUCACGUUCGUCAAGCCUUACUUCGACGAGAAAGAUCUGUCUGAGAGGACGACUGACUUUGAGAAGUGUCACAACAUCAACCGCUUUGUUUUUGAAACGCCAUACACCCUCUCAGGGAAAAAGCAUGGUGGAAUUGAGGAGCAGUGCAAGAGGCGAACAGUUCUCACAACGGCGAACACUUUCCCCUACGUGAAGAAGCGCAUCGAGGUGGUCGGGGAGAAGCAUUUGGAGUUGAAGCCCAUUGAUGUGGCCAUUGAUGAGAUGAGAGAACGCAGUACUGAACUGACCAAACUCUGCUCAAACCAGGAGGUGGACAUGAUCCAGCUACAGCUAAAGCUACAGGGCUGUGUCAGCGUGCAGGUCAAUGCUGGUCCCAUGGCCUAUGCCAGAGCCUUUCUAGAUGAAUCCAGAUCCGGCCAGUCUAAUAAGAAAGUGAAAGAGCUGAAAGAUAUAUUCAGGAGAUUCGUUCAGGCGUGCAGCAUGGCUUUAGAUAUUAAUGAGCGGCUCAUCAAAGAGGACCAGUAUGAGUAUCAUGAGGGACUGAAGGGCAACUUCAAAAGCAUGGUCAAGGAGCUGUCAGAUAUUAUCCAUGAACAGAUAUUCGAAGAGGAUGAGAUGCGUUCUCUCUUGCAAAACUCUCUCCACGUGUUCAGUGCCAUCAGCGGAACUUCGACUGGCUUCAGCUAAAACCCUCCUCCUGCCUCUGAAGAACCCUUAUCUUUAGGACUAUCUACUCUCCGCACACCUGAAUGUACAGUUCAACAUAAACCUUAAGCAUCCCGCGCCACGCUCUUCUGGCUUUAGAUCCUGCUGGAUUAUCAGCCUCUAAGACAGUGCCACGCUGUUGCAGCUGACCUUUGCUGUUCCAGUUUCAAUACAUCACUUCACUCUGUGCCACAGCUGUGCAAGCCAUCAUGUUAACUCCACUGACCAAAAAGGAAAGUCUACGUUCACAUUACAAGCCUCAUUAAUCAUUCCCAAUUCUUGGCUCAGAUCAGAUUUGACUCACAUUCAUGAAUUCACAUUCAUAAAUGUAACUGAUCUGUAUAUGGUUUGUCUGUAAUUGAAAGAAUCCGUCCCUGAACUGGCCAGCAUGUGCAUAUUAUGUGCAUGCUUACUGGAAAAAGGCAUGUGAAAUCUGAUCUGACUGCACAUAUUCAUGUUGCAUGCCCACAAAUCAAACACAUACGUGAUUUAGGACCACAUGUGAAAGUGAUUCAAAUUCAUUUAUGAGUCAAAUAAGCCUGGUAGUGUGAACGUAGCUAAAGAUACAACAUUCAAUGUUAAACCUCCUCAAGGGGCAACAACCACCAUCUGAAUGUUUCAGUUUAGUUUUCCUUUGUGAAUCAUGUUUUUUUUUUUUAAUUAUUAUUCAUUUUAUUAAAAUGCAGAUGUGAUAUUGAGUUAUGUAACAGGGGGUGUCUGUUACAUUUGGAGAGGUUAGGGCCCUGAUGGGGAUCCCUGCAGUUUUCUGUGAUUUUUCCCUGUGGAAAUCACAAACUGUGUUGGACUUAUUUUCUCACCCCUGGGGUGGGAACUGAAAGCUGUAGUGAAAGAAUAUAAUAAACCAGAUGUAGUUGGUUCUGCCACUGACCUUCAUUUGUCAUCUUUUUUUACCUAAAUGAAACAACCAUCAUUUGAUGUCCUGAUCAACCUUGCACACUUUUAGAGCAGAAUAAUUUUAGAGCCAUGACCCUUUUGAUACGUUUUCCUCUAUUCUUUUUGUACAUAGCUAAUAUUAUUAAUGAUCAGUGUUUAUAAAGCAUAGUGGAUAUCGAGCGUUUGAGAAUUUAGAGGUGCUCAGUAUUAGUUAGUUGCCUUUACUUGGUUUAUUGCCUGUUUUAAUGCUUGGUACCUCAGAGCUCUUUGUUUCGUUGUUGAUAUUGCACAAUUUAUGCCACUUUGUUGAGAUUCUGUGCCCACUGAUAAUCCCACUGAGCGUAUUUAACUUCUAUGCUGUUUCUCUGUUUGUUUUAGGAUCCCAAUGAAAAAGAUUGCCCAAUUAAAAAGGUACCAAACUUUUAAUAGGUGGUACCUCUCAUAUCUCAAGGGUAUGUCUUUAGCAACAUUACUUAGGCAACAUUACAGUGUUGUGUUCAUUUCCACCUGUUUUGCAAAGAAUUGUGUCGCCCGACCACACUCUGUCUUCACUCUGGGCUUCCUAUUUUGUUUUUUUUUUGUGUGUUUAUAUGUUUGUUUGUUUGUUUGUUUUGGAAAAAGAAAUAGAAUGGAAAAGUUAUAAAAAAGGUACACACCUGCGCCUUUCCCCUGGUAGUGAACCCUUAUGCUAUUGGUACGCUAUUGGACCAUGUAUACCUGUAUAGUACCUUUUAUUGUGGCAGUGUACAAGCAAAGAACAGCAAAAAACUAUUUUGUAUGCUUUAUUAAGGGUGUUAUUCAAAAGAUCUGCUGUUGCAAUACAGUUGUAGCCAAGCCACAGUGUGUAUUGGAAAGCUUGCCAGUUGCAGACUUCCUUUUUUCAGUAUUAAGUGUGGAUUGGUUAAAAGACUGAAAGAAAAACUGCUAGAGCUGCACAUGGCAUUAAAAAAAACGAAGAGAAAUGUGCAUCACUAUAUUAAUAGUACAGUAUUGUCACUUUGUCAUUUACUUGGGAAGGUUAUCAAAAAAGGUAUCAAAAUUGUAUGACAGUGACGAUACUUUAAUAUUAAUAUAUAUUAGUAUUAAUGUUAAUAUAUAAUCUAGAUUAAUAUAUUCGUGUACAUAACGGUAAAAUGGCUAAUUUAAGUUAAAAAAAUUGACUUUGGUACGAAUCCAGCUCUAAUGAACUGUCAAGGAAAGACAGUUACUGGCUAUUGGGUCUUUAGGUAUCCCACAGAUUUGACAAUGGCAGUGCAGGAAGCUGUAUUCUGAAGGACUGGGGUGGACUUGGAUUUAUAUUAAUCAUUUGCUUGUCAAAGCCACCAGGAACACCACCUCAGGAACAACAUCCUCCAAAAGAUGUAAAUGUUAAGUGGUGCUGUUACUUCUGGCCAGAGCUGUGUGUGCGAUCCUGUGUGCGAUCCUGUGUGUGUGUGCAAGCCUGUGUGUGUGUGUGUGUGUGUGUGUGUGUCUUUACGUAAACAACAAAGUAGCAGAUGCAAGCAGCUGUCUUGUUUUGACCCAGAAUUGUUGCAAUUUUGCUCUGUUAGAAUUCUGUAAAAAGGUGCACAUUUUGUCAACAAGGCAAAUUUACUUUAUUGAAAUAUGAAUAAACCUGCAUUUUCAUGAUCAAAACUGA